AUGCAUAUUCACAGCCUCUAUACGCUUUUACUUCUACUUGUGUCUGUUGUGGCUGAUGUCUCCAUCACUAAGCCCACCGCGGGCCAGAGUUUCUCUGGUCUGGGAGGAACCACCAUCACAGUCCUGUGGAUCGAUGACACUAGUGAUUCAGAUUCGAAGCUUUCUUUAUCAAAGGUGACCAAGUACUCCAUUGUUUUGUGUACCGGUUCCAACAAUAAUAUCAAUGCAGUGAAGUCAUACACAACGACGUUGCCUGCUGAUUCACUCACCUAUGAUAUGAAAAUUCAAAGCAGUGAUGUGCCAAACGGUAUCUAUUUCGUUCAAGUCUAUGCUCAGUUUGCCGACGGCUUUACUAUUCAUUACACCCCACGUUUCACACUUACUGGAAUGUCUGGUCUGGCCAACACCUUAACUUUCCCCACCGCCCUUCUUACUGCCACGGGUGACGUUCCUCAAGCACAGUUGCAAGUUGGAGGCACCCAGGUUUCCGUGGACUCUCACUCUUUUACCGUGCCAUACACUUUGCAGACUGGUAAGACAAGAUAUGCACCAAUGCAAACGCAACCAGGUACCCAAGUGACCUACACUAUGUAUUCCACCAGAUUGCCUACUUCGGCAUACACUCCAUACUCGAGUUUGAGUCCCUCUCCAAACGUUUAUUCCACUAUCACUCCUGGUUGGAGUUACGCUGUGACCUCUUUGUUCAACACCGCCGCCAUUGCUGCAUACCCUACUUACUGGUACCCAGCAUCAGAGAGAGUACUGCAGGCGUCGUUGUCCUCAGCCAAGCUGAAGAGAUGGCUCUAA